GUCCUCAAUAACUGAAUUCAGUCAGUAUUAAAAUAAUUGAACUUGAUGUUCACCUCGUUCUGCUCAAAGGCCACUUACGCAAUUAUUCAAAAAUUAUUGAGUGUGGUCGAUAUAUUCUCUACCAAAUUCUUGCAAAUACCUGAUUGGUAGUAAAACAAGUUUAGUAGCUUCUGGUCUUUAGCAGCAUGAUAGUCGUAAAAGUCUUAUUUUUUACUGUUCUAGUGAGUUCGGUGAUUUGUGCCGAAUUUCCCUCCACCUUCAAAAGAUGUAAUCGAGCAGAUCAAGUAUGUCUGAAGCAGGCUAUUCAAGAAGCAAUUCCUAAAUUUGCAAAAGGUUUCAAAUCAUUAGGAGUUCCUGGAAUAGAUCCCUUAACCAUUCCACUCAUGGAAAUACCAGGUGGUAAUGGAGCGGUGAAGAUAUCGCAAAAAGUUACUGAUGGUAAACUCUAUGGACUCUCAACGGCUGUAAUUGACGAUUUCAUAUUCGAUGUCAUCAAAGUCGACAAUGCAAAGAUUGCAUGGAACUUCCAUAUACCGAAUAUAACUCUGAAGGCUAAUUAUGAAAUGACUGGCCAGAUUCUAGUACUUCCGGUCAAAGGCAAAGGAGUUAUGAACAUACUUUUAGAGAAUGUGAAAGGAGAUGAAAAAAUCAAGGUAGUAACAUACACGAAAAACAACCUACAGUACAUUAAAGUAAAUGACACAGUUCUCAAAAUGGAUGCUGGACACGUCACUUUCAAUCUGGAUAAUGUAUUCGAUGGUAAUAAACAACUCAGCGAUCAAAUCAACCAAGUGAUGAAUGACAACUGGAGUGCGGUAUUCGAUGAAAUAAAGGAUGGUUACAACGAUGCCAUAAGAACAUUUAUGGACCAUAUUGUAAAUAGCUUUUUCGCUAAAUUUGCCGUGUCUGAAAUUUUUCUGGAUUAGAGGUGUUAUAAAAACAAUUUUGUUGUUUUAUGAGAUUAAAUAGCUUUCAAAUUA